AUGGAUGCUUGCUUAGAUUUGACCGGUCAAACCAUCGAGGUCAUCGUGGGAGCUAAGAAGCACGUCCCAUUUACCAUCCACGAGAACGUUAUAUGUGCAAGUUCGCAGUUUUUCAAGAAAGCAAUGAGCGGAGAGUGGAGCGAAGCAAAGAGCCGCUCGGUUCGACUGGCAGACGAGGAUCCCGACGUAUUCCAUAUAUAUACGCAGUGGCUAUACCACGACACGUUUCCAGUACGAGUCGAUAAGCCCGGGGUAGAGGGUAACGCCGAGUACUUGCUGCUUGCGAAAGCCUAUGUGCUGGGGGAUAUGUUGCAAGAUGGAAACUUCAAAGAUGCUAUACUUGAUGCAAUGGUGGAGAAGACCGAAUCGAAACUAAGCAACGACACAACGCUGUUUCCUGUUGGGCCAGUCAUCCGCCACAUCUAUGAUAACACAAUGGAAUCAUCUGAGGCAAGGCGUCUUCUCGUGGACCUAUACACAGAGCAUGGGCGGGGUGAUUGGUUGCGUAAACGGGCGUCCCGGGAAGAUCUUCCGAAGGAGUUUCUUUAUGAUCUUGUUGUCGCAGUUCUUGAUAAGAGAUAUUGGCGAUACCCUACCCGCGCUCCUGUACCGGACCCUUGCGCAUAUCACCAACACAAGGCAGAUAACAGCAUUUGUUACAAGAAUAGGUUAGCACAAAAGCCUCGCAAGCGACAGCGUACAUAA